AUGACCACGCCAGAGACGGGGCGGGAGCCCUGCCCGGACCGCAUCCUCGACGACGUCGGCGGCGCUUUCGGAAUGGGCGCCGUAGGCGGCUCCCUCUUCCACUUCGUCAAGGGCGUCUACAACUCCCCCAACGGCCACCGCCUCGCCGGGGGCGCCACGUCCGCGCGCAUGCUCGCGCCUCGCCUCGGCGGCAGCUUCGCCGUCUGGGGCGGCCUCUUCUCCACCUUCGACUGCGCCCUCGUCUACGCCCGCGCCAAGGAGGACCCCUGGAACUCCAUCGCCGCCGGCGCCGCCACGGGUGGCCUGCUCGCCGUGCGACAAGGACUCCUCGCCUCCGGCAGGUCCGCACUCUUUGGCGGCGCCCUCCUCGCGCUCAUCGAGGGUGCCGGGAUCAUGCUCAACCGCAUUGGGGUCGUCCCGCCGCCGCCGCCGGAGGACCUGCUGCAGUAUCCCGGACAGGAUCCCGGCCAGUAUGCACCACCACCUGGUUUCCUGGGUGUGCCGCCGGCGCCGCCGAUCGAUGUUCAGGAGGUUCCGGUCACUGAGUCUGGCGGCCCGACUAGGUGGUUUGGCGGUUUGUUCGGAAAGAAGCAGCAGGACACGCUUGCUGCUGGCGACCGCAACAAGUCGGAGGUGUUGGAGAUGGAUUUGCCAAGGACGGCCGUUCCUUCCUUCGACUACAAGUGA